UCUCUUUCAUAGUUUAAUAUCAUUAAUUCCAUCAUAUCAUUCAGACUUCAGAGAAAUAUUUUAAAAGAAAAAAAAAUGGGGUUUUUCAAAAUUCCACUUUUCAUUGCAUGCACGCUUGUGUUUUCGAUAACUCUGUGCUGUAACGCUCAGAACUCACCACAAGACUUCCUGGACGCGCACAACGCCGCACGCGCCGCCGUGGGCGUCGAGCCCAUGACGUGGGACACGGAUGUAGAAGCCUAUGCUCAGAGCUACGCCAACAUUAGGUCCGCCGACUGCAGCCUCACCCACUCCGGAAGCUUCACCUACGGCUACGGCGAAAACAUCGCCGCCGGUGGCGGCCCCUUGACGGCGAAGACGGCGGUGGAUAUGUGGGUCGCCGAGCAGCAGUACUAUGACUACGCCACCAAUUCUUGCAACGCGCCGGCGGGCGAGUCGUGCCUGCACUACACGCAGGUGGUUUGGAGGAACUCGGUGAAGCUUGGGUGCGCUAGGGUUGAGUGCACCAACGGUGCCGGACACUUUGUUACUUGCAAUUAUUCUCCUCCGGGUAAUUAUAAUAACGAGAAGCCAUACUGAUUGAACUUAUUUGUAACCCUAU